CGAGCGUCGCAUCCGUCGCGGUGGAUCAGUGCGCGUUCACGCGGAGGACUGCAGGAGCGGCGCGGCGCGGCGCGGCCCCGUCGUGUCGUCAGUUCCUCCGUCCGCAGCCCCACGUCGUCCGUCGCCGACAAGCCGACACCGUGGCGGAUCGCUCAGGUCUCUUCUGACCGGGGCCUCGGUUCCCCAGGCGCGUCAAGGACGAGCAGCAGAGCCGGCGGCGCCACCCGGACACGAGCCCGGCCUCCGCGCAGAAUGGGCAACGGACCGCUGUCAGGUGUUUUCAGGGCGGAUGCAGAAGCCACGCCUGGACAAGUAGGUGGAGGGAGGUUCAUAGAGAGGAGGAUCCGGAACGGCAUCACUUACUAUUACACUCCGCUCCCGGAGCCACUGUGUCCUGCCAAAGACUCUCCAACAUCCCCUGAUCUUUGCCCCCUCACAGACCCCCCCUCUGCAGAUCCGUCCUCCUCCCCAUUGCUGUCUGAUUCACCCUCACACACGAAUGCCUCCUCCCACAACCAGCCAGAUUCCGCCUCCACUUCCCGUCCGCUCCUUCUCUUCUUCCCGUGGCUCGGCGCCAAGCCAGUGGCGGUGGCCAAGUACAGGGACCUUUACCUGGACCGCGGCCUCGACGUCCUCGUGGUCCGGAGCGGUGUGAUGCACUUCCUGUGGCCUCGAUGGGGGCUCGACUACGGACGCGAAGUGAUGAAUAUUUUGGAGGAGCCUCAGUUCUCGGGGAGGCCCGUGCUGGUCCACGCCUCCUCCAUCGGUGGCUACACCUUCACCCAGAUACUCAUCCUCAUCGCUCAGGGGCAGGGGAACUAUGCCGGCCUGGCCCAGAGGGUGAUAGGGCAAAUCUGUGACAGCUUGGUGGUUGGCACUCUGGAGCACAUGGCGAUAGGCCUCGGCAAGACUCUGGUGCCACGUCUCGAGGGCUUCGUCAAGAACACAGCCCUGUUCUACUUCUGGCUCUUCAAAACCCACACGGCCGACUUCUACAACAACAGCAUCCGGGUUUUCCAAAACAGCCCCGUCACCGCGCCGGCCCUCUUCUACUUCAGUGAAGAUGACGCCCUGUGCGACCCGGUCGCCAUGGAGAAGGUUAUCGACCUCUGGAGGGCGAGGGGCGUGGCCGUGGAGAGCAGGAAGUGGAAGGAGUCCACGCACGCGGCGCACAUGCGACGCCACCCACGGGACUACAUGUCGACGCUGGAGAAGUUCUUGAGGCCACUGGCGAUUUCCCCCCCCGAAGCAAAAGUGUGAACUGUCGGGGGGAGUGUGGUGAGUUGAAGGGGAAACCUGUGAGAUGCUUUAUGAUUUCAAAUAGAAGAAUCUUUAUCCUGCAUCUGUUGCAAUGUUAACAGUGUCAACAAUUGAACAAAGAUAUUAUUUUCUGUCCCAUAAGCCUUCUCGGUUGUAUUUAAGUAUUUAAUACGUUUUUUUGAUGUUUGUGAUGUUUGUGACGUUUGCACAACAAGUGUUGGUUAAUGAGCUGCUCUUCCUCUUUCUACCAGAGAUCUGGGACCUGUACCAUGAAGCAACUUAAUCUCUGCCACUCUUGCCAUUAUCAAGUUAAAUCAUAUGGUUAUUUAUGAAGUAUACAGGCAGCCUAUCAGACCUGGAUGACUGGAAUGCUAUGAACGUAUACGUGGGUCGAAUCGGAUACAGCGACAACACAAAGUUUUGUGUUCCUCAAAACGUCAGGAAUAAUUCACAAAUGUUUAACGUAAGGCUGAGGAUAUGCACUAUAAUUUAGUGCCGGUAGUCUUUCAAGGGUCAUUAGGAUUAGGUGUGAGUUUAGAUGAUGCAAAAGCGAUGCACAUAAAAAGUCAUCCAGAUUGUUUCUGCAGCCGAAUGGAGAGAAGGAGAAAAAUACUUAAUGCCUGACAGCAACAAAAGACUCUACUGCUCUAUAUAUAAAUAUCCACAACUCUUCGUUGUUUUGUCAUGUAGUGAGCUGUUUAUCUAUGUGGGGAUUCUGUAAGAAUGAUGGCACAAUUUUCCUUGAUCUGACUGGAAAACCCACUAAUCUGUCUUUGUGGUACAGGCCCUCGAUCGCUGCACCGAAUGCUUACUGGUAAGUUAAAACUUCUGGUCCACUAUCAAAUUUUAUUUCAGAUGCACAAAUGAAAUACUUAAUAUGACAUGUGAUGCAUGUGAAAAGAAAAAAAGUUCAAAUGACUAUGAUUGUUGUAGCAUUUAUUACAAUCGGAAAUACUUGCAGUGUGUGCACUAUUUUUUUUUAAAUAAAAUUUAAAAGGGCAUAGUUUUCCAAUUA